CUUUAAUAUAAUGGUGCUUUCAAAGUGGGAAAGACAGAGAGCCAAAACAAAGAAGAUGGAAUCCAAGUUUAGCAUCAAGAUUCUUCUCUUCCAUUGGUGCCUCUUCUUCCUCACCAUUUCCUCCCUCCACCUCGGAGACGCAGUUUAUGGGGCGGCAGAAAACAACGCAAGACCGCCCUCCAAUGGUUCGUUAUUGGAGGAAUUAUGGGAAUCAGAGAUCACCAGAAGGUAUCUGGAAGAAAAGAGGUACAUCUCUGUGGGGGCUUUGAAGAGAGACCAGCCGGCGUGUGGUGGUGGUGGUAGAGGUGAGGCUUAUACAAAAUCCGGUAGCUGUACCCCUCCUCCAUCUAAUCCUUACAAUAGAGGUUGCUCAAAGUACUACCGAUGUAGGAGUUAGCAAAAGUUAGCUUGCCUAUAUGCUUCUUGUUUAUGUCAGUUGGAAGCCUGUUUCUUUCAUUACUCAGUGAAGUUAAGUUUUUUUCAUUUUUCU